UAGUCAUUGACGUGGACCGUUUAAUCUGUAGGGCUUUUUGAUAUCGGAGAAAAACCCCUUACUUUCUUCUCUAAACUUCCUUUUUCCUACAGCGAAACCUGGGAAGAUGUUCAAAAACACCUUUCAAUCUGGGUUUCUCUCCAUUUUAUACAGCCUCGGGAGCAAACCUCUGCAAAUUUGGGAUAAAGAAGCUGUAAAUGGGCAUGUGAAACGACCCCAUGAUGAAGACAUUCAAUCGAAUGUAUUGGAAAUAAUUGGAUCAAAUGUUCAAUCAACGUACAUCACUUGCCCUGCUGACCCUGCUGCAACGCUUGGCAUUAAGCUUCCCUUCUUGGUUAUGAUUGUCAAGAACUUGAAGAAAUAUUUCACUUUUGAGAUUCAAAUUCUGGAUGAUAAGAAUGUCCGACGUCGUUUUCGUGCUUCUAACUUCCAAGCUGUCACUCGAGUAAAGCCAUACAUAUGUACUAUGCCGCUGAGAUUGGAUGAGGGUUGGAAUCAAAUUCAAUUGAAUCUGGCUGAUUAUACCCGGAGGGCCUAUGGCACCAACUAUGUUGAGACUCUGCGAGUUCAGGUCCAUGCAAAUUGCCGCCUUCGAAGGAUAUAUUUCUCUGAUCGCUUGUACUCUGAAGAGGAACUCCCACCAGAAUUUAAACUGUAUCUUCCAAUGCAGAAGGCUUGAAAAUUUUCAUUGGAGCACUCUGAAGCCCUAAUUUCCAAUUUUCUGUGCUUCGAGAUUUAAUUACUUUUUACCAUUCUGUAUUAUUCAUCCAGCUUAAUCUUGUAUGUAUGGUUGUUAUAAUAGCAAUAGAAUUAACCAAUUCUUGUCAAUGGUGUUACGAAACGGAAUUUAAGUGGGUUUUUAUAUUGAGGAAAGUGUUAGCCUUUGCACUUAAUAAUUGUGGAUCUUUACUUAUCGGUAAUUAAAGUUCUUAUAAGUACAUUGGCAUCUCAAAUGCAAUAUUAAAUGCUAGUUUUGUUGA